UUUUGUCGAGCGGCGCAUCCGCGCAAGGACGGGGAGAGGAGGCGACUUUAGCAGGUGAGAGAGAAGCGAAAAGGGGGAGAGAGAGCAGGGGAGAGGGAGGGCUAGUUUUCUGCACUUGAACGUAACCAGACGCGCACAUAGAGCGUGGGAGCACAAAGCACACGGAGCCAGCUAAAGACGCCGCUGUUUCACACGCUCUGUCCUCUUGGCACCGCGCGCGCUCGCUCGCCAAGCCGCACCGUUUGGAAGAUAGGGGAAAGUUGUCUCUCUUUCUUUGGAGCAAUACAGCCUGGAUUCGACUUUUUUUUUUCUUUUCUUUUCUUUUUUACCCCAGCAACUUGUUCAGCGGUGGACUUAAUUUUUUUCUGGUGUGCAAACUUUUGACUCAGGCUGAGGGAAUUAUCAGGGCACUGCAGAAUGGAAGGUAAAUUGACAAGUCGUGUGUGGCGAGGAUCACCGUGUGGAUCUUUCUGCAGGUAAAGAGCGCUAUGACUUGAGCGGCUGAAGCGGCUGGAUCCCAUGUGCAUGAAAUGUUUUUUUUUUCUUCUUUUCGAUUGUUUGUUGUUUUUUUUGGUUCUGAUGUAGAUGAGGUUUAAUCAGUGAGUGGCUUCACUCCCGUUUAAUUCAGACGUGAAUCGACAAAAGUAGGACGACAUACUACGAUCCUACCAGUAGCACUUUGGCUUUUUAAUUUCUGCCGCAUAAUUUACGCACUGUAAAAGGAAGUCAUUUCCUUUCCCUGUUUUAUUUUUUAUAUAUAAAGAUACAUGCUUUUUUUUUUUUUUUUGUGCAUUGAGCCGUUUUCACCAGACAUUUAAGCUGCUAUAAGCGCACGGAACGCUUUUAAUAGAUACACUUGUGGGGCGCUCCUGCACACUAAAAACUCGAAAACAGAAGAACUCUCGGCCUCAUCAAGCACUUUUCCAAGAGACCCGGAUAUAAAAAGCAAAGUUUGCCUUCAGUAACCUGAAAUCCACCUGGCCAGAUCUGGGAUUAUUUCAUCGAUAACGUCUGCAGAGAGUGGAUUGCUACUUCUAAGGCGCUGUUCUCCCUGAUCUCCGGCAGAAUGAAGAUGAGGCUAGGUUGUGUUUGUCGGCCAGUUUGCUGGCCCUGUGGCAGCCUGCUGGACUCCAGGCACUGUGUCUUUGCCCUCACACUCCUCACACUCCUCAUGCAGGUGGUCGUGGAGGCCAACUCAUGGUGGUCUUUGGCCAUGAACCCUUUACUGAUCCCAGAGGCCUACAUCAUCGGGGCCCAGCCUCUGUGCAGCCAGCUGGUGGGCCUGUCUCAGGGCCAAAAGAAACUGUGCCAGCUUUACCAGGACCACAUGCAGUUUAUUGGCGAAGGUGCCAAAAUGGGGAUUCGAGAAUGCCAAUACCAGUUCAGGCACCGGCGCUGGAACUGCAGCACGGUGGACAACGCCUCUGUUUUUGGACGCGUCAUGCAAAUAGGCAGUCGGGAAACGGCGUUCACCUAUGCCAUCAGUGCAGCAGGGGUGGUGAACACAGUGAGCCGUGCCUGCAGAGAGGGCGAGCUCAACAGCUGCGGGUGCAGUCGGGCCGCUCGUCCCAAAGACCUACAGAGAGACUGGCUGUGGGGCGGAUGUGGAGACAACCUCAACUACGGCUACAGGUUCUCCAGGGAGUUUGUGGAUGCACGCGAAAGGGAGAAGAGCUAUCCAAAAGGCUCGUACGAUAGUGCAAGAUUGCAGAUGAACCUUCACAAUAAUGAGGCAGGAAGGAGGGCGGUGUCAAACCUUGCCGAUGUGUCGUGCAAGUGCCAUGGCGUGUCUGGAUCCUGCAGCUUAAAGACCUGCUGGUUGCAACUGGCCGACUUCCGUAAGGUGGGCGACGCUCUGAAGGAGAAGUAUGACAGUGCAGCAGUCAUGAAGCUUAACUCGCGUGGCAAACUGGUGCCAAUGCACAGCAAUUUCAACGCUCCGACAAGCAACGAUCUGGUGCAUAUCGACCAAAGUCCAGACUACUGCUUAAAGAACCAAAGCACUGGCUCCAUAGGCACCGUGGGGCGCCUUUGCAACAAGACAUCAGAGGGCAUGGAUGGAUGCGAGCUGAUGUGCUGCGGCCGAGGUUACGACCAAUUCAAGGCACACCUUGUGGAGCGAUGCAACUGCAAGUUCCACUGGUGCUGCUAUGUGAAGUGCAGGGUGUGCACCACAGUUGUAGACCAAUUCGUCUGCAAGUGAUGAAAGACCCGUUGCCUUGCGGAUGAUGGUUGUACAUCUGUGUGAAUUCAUGAGCUGUGGAACACAGGAUGGAAGAAAGAAACUAUAUAAAUUAUAUUUAUAGAGUUAAACAAUUAUGUCCUUUGCAAAAAAAAAAAAAGACCCUCUUAAAAACAAAACAAAAAACUUUUCCUUUUUAGAAACCAAGAGUAUUGUUAAAUAUUUAUUUCCAGAUUGCUAUGUUUUUAUUCUGGCCGAGUCAAUAUCAGCUACUUUUAUUUUUUAGUCUGAGUUCUCUAAAACUCUCAAUCACUUCAUCCCUUCCUCCCCAGGGCAGUUUCUUUUUUUUUCACUAGGAAACUUAAUUCCUCUUUGCAAGUGGCUCACACUAAUGAAUGCUGUCUGCAAAGCUAAUCUUGUGCCUUCCACUUUCUAACAAAAGUGGUGUUUGAUGUUGUCUCAUAAUUGGCUUAGAAAUUCUGAUGAAUUGGUCAUUCGUAAAUGGGUUAAGGUGCUUGUGUGCCAUGUGUGGAUCUUCACAAGGCCAGUUCCAAGCCAGAAAUCGCAAUCCUUUACUUGUCACUUCUUUACACAUGAGGCGGAAUAAUUGAGAUGUUUGCUUUUUUGUGAAUCCUUGCAUUAUGAGGGAGAGCUACAGUGACACGGCUAUUUUUUUAUUUUUAUUUUUUUGUGGGGACACUGGGCCUUUUAUUAAGCUGUCCCAGAAGCCUUAAUAUUCCCCAGGUGCUGCAAAUGGCCCUUUGUUCAUUAUGCACUUUGACACACAGACUUUAACCUGUCUGUAUGUGUCUCUUCAACUGUUAUCCAUAUAGCCAUAUCAUAGUCUCCUUUUUUCAAUAUUAAUUCAGAUUAUCCAUUUAACAUUAUUUUACAGUACUUAUCAUGGUUCAUAUAUAUGGGCAAUGUCAUGGUGAACAAUGGUGAAAUAUUAAGCGCUCUCUGUAAAUAGUAUAGCAUAGUCUAUUCAGCCAAUCAAUAAACUGUAUUUAUUUUUUUAACCCAAUCUUCCUUUAAGCUUAAAGAAAGCAAAGUAUUGUUUCUAUAAACAGAUGAUUAAGGUUAGUUUUAAGGUCACUUUUCCAAAUUGUUUCCCACUGACACAUGGCGCUUCACUGUUUUUGUAAAGGGAAAUGCACCUUAUUGUUCAGAAACAAAACCUUUCACUCACGUUUGGCUUUACAGCUACACCAUUUUUUUCCCCACAGAUGUUCAGAUUUUUACUUUACCACAGAUUUCCACCAUGCUAUAGUCCCUGUAAAGAAUUUUAUUAGGCGUAUUCCAACAACCCAACAAUGUGUAUUUAUAAGCUUCUUUUAAUGAAUUUGAGGUGUGUUGAAUUUAAUGUGUUAUAGUUGCUAUUUUGUUACUUUUUACAAAUUGGCUCAAUGCUCUUCUUUCUUUCAAUAAAUAUGAAAUGUAAAACAAGCA